AUGUCUUUUGCUGGCAAGCCAAGAUAUACUUGGCAGGAUGACACAACUCCGGAGGUAAUCUCAAAAGAGCUCUCACAACUACCCAAGGUUCCUCUUGAAGGAUUUACAAACACCUUUUCUCGUUUCAAUGGCAAUUCCAGGAAGCUGAAAGAAGAAGUGAGCAGGACACUGCAGAGGUACCUUCAAGGUUUCCUGCCUUCUGAUGUUGCCUCCUUCAAACAGAGUCCUCAAGGGCAGCAAGUGCUUUGGAAGUACAAGGGAGAUGGGCCCCGCAAUCAUAAGGGUGUAAUUCACCUCAAAGAGAAGACUCCCUCGCCCCACAUCUUCUUCCUACAAGGCCAACCUGAUCUCCCGGCCAUUGUGGAACAGCCUCCCCCAGGUCGAUCAUACUUCACUGGUUUUGAGCAGGAUCAUACUGGAGUCCCUCUUGCUGAGCUUCAGCAGUAUCAAGCUGGGCCCAUGAGAGCACAAGAUCCUGGUAAAGGUCAAACACAGGGAAAGGUGCAGUACUCCAGCCUUCAGCGCACUUCUGCAACCAAAAAAGAAAAACUGCCAGGAGCUUCCAAGCAACCUCCAAAGCCCCAAAUAGAAAAAUUGUUUUUCAAAUCUUCAACAAGCAUGCUUGCUUACAAGGAGGCCCUCAGUUCAGUAGAUGAGAAGUUCAUUGAUGGAGUGGUUAACCAGCUCGGACGUCAGAGCGUCAGGGUGGAUACUUUGACCCCGAAGGACCUGGACAAGCUCUCCAGGGUCAUCACCCAGGCCCUGCAGGUGGUGGAUGGAGUGGAUGGGGUCAAAGGUAGAGAAGCCACACAGGAUGAAGUGGAGGCAAAGAGAGAGCCCAGUCAAGGGUUACAUCAGAUGGAGAAAGCAGAUGACACCACACAUAAAGAAGCAGAAGAUACUGCCCUUAAAUCUGAUGACGAGGACAAAGGUUUUAUCAGCCAGCUGCUGGAGUUCCUGGAUCAUAACUCUGGCCCUGGAUCUGUGCAUCUUUCCCAAGCAGAAGAGCCUUUUCUGGGGUACGUCGACCAGCCAAAUGCCGGAAGCCCGUUGAGGGCUAGUUUGGAGAAUGUCCAGAGCCGGACAACACAAACAGAACUGGACCUGAUGAGGAAGAAAAUGGAACCUGACACUUUGGAGACAGAGCCACUGGUGGACGCUGAGGUAGAACAGUGGAUGCACGGUUCUCCGGAAGUGAAACCAGAGGUUCAACCAGGAAAAGAGCCACAAAAAAAAUCCAUGGAGAAAGAGGAGGUGGAAAAGAAGGGUGUGAGAGUGGAAGUGAAUGUUGCAGCGUAUUCAAGUCCACAUGAUGGAGACUUUGGCUACAUUAUUACUGAAGAUUCGCUGUCCACUGACCAGGGGCUGAGCCUCAUGGAGCUGUUAGCUGAGAGAGUCAGCCUUCAUGUAACAGAUUUUCUACAGCUCUCGUAA